AUGGGCAACACGGACACGCUCAAGAUCACGCAGGGCAAGGAGGACAUUGCGGAGUACCAACCCCCGCUCGCAUUCGACAAGGAUGACAAGCCGACCAAGACCUGCACCUCGAAGCGCGGGUUCUGCAAGCACUGCUCGUCCGUGCUCUGGAACGCGCACCCGGAGUGGCCGCAGUGGAUCUACCCCUCUGCGUCUGUCAUUGACAGUGAGCUGCCCAAGGUCCCCGACGGAAUGGGGUACACCAUCCUCCGCGCCAGCUGCCCCGACUAUGUCCCGACCCCCGAGGGGUUCAAGGUCUACGACGACUAUGGACCCGCUGAGGGCAUUGAAAAGUGGCACAAGAAGAAUGGCUUCUGGGUCGAUUAG